AUGGCGAGGCAGCGCUGCCACCCGCACGCGCUGCUGCUGCUACUGCUCCUGGCGGCUGUCCUGGCCGGGGCGCCGCCCGGCGGCCUCUACUCGCCCGGUGACCCGCUGGUGCUGCUGCAGGUGGACACGCUGGAGAGCAGCGUCCUCAACUCCAGCAGCGCCUGGCUCGUGGAGUUCUACGCCUCCUGGUGCGGCCACUGCGUCCACUUCGCCCCCACCUGGCGGGCGCUGGCCGUCGACAUCCAGGAAUGGAGCCCCGCGGUGAACCUUGGCGUCCUCGACUGUGCAGACAUAGCCAAUCAGAAAAUGUGCGGGAAGUUUGGGAUAACUGGGUUCCCUACGUUGAAGUUUUUCAAGGCCUUCUCCAAGAACCCUGAGGACGGGAUAAAGAUAUUCCAUCCUGGGGACAGCAUUGAGAAGCUGAGGCAGAGCAUAAUCACCAACCUGGAGAUGCACAAGGAGACGUGGCCACCUGCCUGUCCACCACUGGAACCAACCAGCAUGGAGGAGAUCCGUGGGUUCUUUCAAACAAACAAUGUCACGUACCUGGCUCUGAUCUUCGAGAUGAACGACUCCUUUCUGGGCAGAGAGGUGACGCUGGACAUGCUGCAGUACGAGAACAUCGCUGUCCGGAGAGUGCUGAGCAGCGAGGAGGAGCUAGUGAAGAAGUAUGGCGUGACUGCCUUCCCUUCAAGUUUCCUACUCAUCAAAAACGGGACCUUCAGCCGCAUCCCUGUGCAAAUGGAGGCACGAUCCUUCUACACCCACUUCCUGCAGCGGCUGCCUGGGGUCACGCGAGGCCCCUACGCGCCCAUCAGGGCACCAGACAUGCGGAUCAAGACGACCCCCACCCCGCGGAGGCCUGCAGACCGCUCAAAGGUGUACAUGGCUGACCUGGAGUCCGCGCUGCACUAUGCCCUGCGGGUAGAGGUGGCCCGGUUCUCUGUCCUAACGGGAGAGCGGGUCAGGGCCCUGAAGGACUUUGUGGCGGUGCUGGCUAAGUAUUUUCCUGGCCGCCCCUUUGUCCGGAACUUCCUGCGCUCUGUGGACAGGGGGCUGAGGAACGUGAGAGAAUCAUGGAUUCCCUACAGUGCCUUGGAGCUGGUCUUGACCAACAGAAAAGAGGGUCAAGCCCCAGCGGUGCUGUCGAACAGCGUGACGUGGGUGGGUUGCCAAGGAAGCGAACCUCAUUUCCGAGGCUACCCCUGCUCCCUCUGGACCCUCUUCCACCUCCUGACAGUGCAGGCAACUAGACACCGCAGGCUGGGCACAGGCCCACUUGAGGUCCUUGGCGCUAUGCGCGGCUACGUUCAGUCCUUCUUUGGCUGCCGGGAGUGCGCACAGCACUUUGAGGGCAUGGCAGCGGAGUCCAUGGACAAAGUGAGAAGCGUGGACGAGGCAGCCCUCUGGCUUUGGUCAAGACAUAACCGGGUCAACGCUCGGCUGGCAGGUACCGAGACCGAGGACCCCCAAUUCCCCAAGCUGCAGUGGCCUCCCCCGGAACUGUGCCCUCCGUGUCACAGCGUGGUCAACAGGCGCCAUGUGUGGGACAAAGCAGCCGUGCUGCGCUUCCUCAAGGCCCACUUCUCCCCGGCCAACAUCUUCUUAGACUACACGGAGCCCGAGAGGGCUCUGGUGGUCAGGCGCAGCCGGGAGGCAAAGGAGGGAGCUGGAGAGUGGGCCAUGGGUGAUGGGGAAGAGAGAGGAGAGGAGGACGAUGACGAGGAGGAAGAGAGAGGAGAGAAUGGGAUCGGGGAGGAGGGAGAGAAGGGAGUGAAUGGGAAAGAAGAGGAAGAGGAGGGAGAGAAAGGAGUAAAUGGGGAAGAGAAAGAGGAGGGGGAAGAGAGAGGAGGGAAUGGGGAGGGGGCAGAGGAGGGGGAAGAGAAGAGACCAGGGAAACCAGAGGACGCAGGGGUGGGAAUGGAGGUGGGUGGCUCAGAGAGACGAGGCUUCUUGGGGCCACGGAAGCCGAGUAUCGUCCGGAUGAACCCCAAGAUGCAGAAGCUGGAGGAGGACAUUGUGGACCUGGAUUCCUUCAGCGAGCUGCACUACAAGAGCAAAGCCCUGAAGGCUGCGGUGGCCAACAAGGGGCGGCGGCUGAGCAAGAGGGACACCAUCCCGCUGCUGUUGGUGGACGGCAGCCAUGAGGCCUUUGACUAUGCUGCGGCCUGGGAGCGCCUGAGGCAGCGGGGGCUGGGCUCCAAGCAGCUCAUCGGGGCCCUGGAGGAGGACGAAGGGGACGCCCUGAGGAGGAACCAUUGGUUCCGCAUGCUAGGAGUGGGCUUCUCCCGCCUGGACGUCAGCCUGUGCAUCAUCCUGUACUUCCUCUCCUCCAUGUGUCUGCUGGGCAUGUACACCUUCUUCCGCAUGCGCACGAGGCACCGCAAGGGCCACCCCGGCUUCCCCACGGCGUGAGGCUGGGGAGUGCGAUGGGAGGGGGGUGUGAUGGUAUAGGUCAAGUGCUAACAAUUCCUUCCGGGGGUCUGUGACUGGAAAAGCAUCUGACUUUCUCUGUCAGGCUUGUUAGGGCAGUGGGUGCAGCUGGACGGCUUCUGGAUCUUGCCACCACUAGCCACAUGGACAUGGGGCCACCCAUCAGACAGAUAUGGCAGGGUGUUCUUCAGGGAUCCAAGAGCCUUACCAAGCCACCUGAACUCCUCAGAGACCUCUAGCAGACCCACUGUCGGGUCAGGGUGCGGGGCUGGAGGACGGAGUGAAAUGGGAGAGGUAUGGGGAGUUCUAGCUGCCUCCCUGUUUACAGUAGCUCAGCCACUGGUAAGGAUUGUGUGGGGGUCUCCUUUCUGGUCUGUUUCCUGCUGCACCGCGGUGAAGGUGAAUCCAGCCCAAAGCACCAGGCUGCCCCAGAGGGUGCAGAACUUUCUCUUUGCCAGAUGGUUCCUUCACUCUUGUAGGCCAGAAUCGCUAACCUACUCAACCCAAGCUGCUCUCACACUGUGCUCAGGGUGUAUGUGACACUCCCCUACAAAUAAGGGACUGCGGCGCCACUGUCUGGAGAUACACACAACGCAGACAGGGAGGAAGCCAUGUAGCCAGAGCUAAGCCAGUUCACCAUAAUCCUGACCUGUAACACUCCUCCCCACCCCCAUGUACUAUUUGUGUCUUGAGCCACUGCUCUUCUUAUCCUAAUGCAUCUCAAUCCUGUCUUGAAAUACCACCUGCUCCACGCUCUUGGGUUCCUUCUAUGCUGGCUCUGCAUUUGUGAAAGAGACAGAGAGAAAUGGCCACAGGGGUCAGACUCACCAAUCGGCAUCUGGCUUCUGAAGUUCAGGGCUCGCAGGGGAGGAGUUGCUCCGUUAGCCCAGAACAGCUGUUACGUCUAGCCUCCCUGCAGCCCAGAGUGCACAUGGGCACAGAGGUGGGUGGGAAAGGACAUGGACCCUUGGUCUGACCACAAACUGUUCUGCUGGAGCAUCUAAUUCUGUGCCACCUUGGCCUGUCAUGAUGAGGCUGUCCCUAGCCUUCUCCUGUGUAUGUGGCGGGGUGGCAUUAGUACUGGCAGGGUUCUGUGUCAGCCUGUGCUGUGUUUCACCUGCUGGGGGCAUGUCCUGGGCCAAUGGGCCACCUGUCUGAAAGUCUUGCAGGCAGAUUUGCUGCUACCGUCAUGCUUUAAAAAUAGAAGUGGGAGGAGGUGGGGGGCUUUGCCAGUCCCCCCACCCUAUAUUAUAGGGUUUGUGAAACUGGGAAUAAACUGGAAUUCUUCCUUUUGGCACCAUGGGUGGGGCCAGCCUUAUAGCCAAAUUCCCCUGGUACAAUGAAAAGCCAUAGAACCUACCAGGAAGUCCUGUGCUGCUCCGUUACUCCACUUGUUCCCGCCUGCUUCAGCAUGCAAGCAUGGGCGCCUCCAUUAGGAUGCCCAGCUAUGCAUUUGAGUGCUGUGUUUUGGUCUUGAAAUCCGAGCACCCAGAAUUGUACACAAGUUUCCCAGAUGCACCCAGGCACUUGUUCAGUACUGGGAAUAUUCCCUCCCACGUCCUUGUAUAGUGAGCACUGUCAGCCCAGAGCAUUCGAUCUCUGACCCUUAGCAUUAGUGCAUCUCACCGGCCUGCAGAUGCUGUCACUUUGUUCAACCUUUCUAUGAAACCCGUUGUACUGGAGUCACUGUUGAGCUGAGGAAAGAGAAUCGUAAUGCAAAUCUUGGCAUUGCAAGAGUCACUUAACUUAUCCCCAUUCAUACGCCAGCUCUUCUUGGGUCCCCAUCCCUUGUCCUUUUGUUUGUGCAUUAUUUAGAGUGAGGCCUGCAAGGCAGGGACUGUCUAGCACUGUGCAAAUGACCUUUGGGCUGGUGAGAUCCAGGGGCUGGCUACACGCUGGGUGAAGGAGAAUUGCUUGUUGAUUGUUCUGAAUGUAGCUCCUGAUACCAUCCAAGUAACCCCAGGUACCCGUAGGCUUUCUUCAAAGGGUGCAUGCAACUAGUUACAAGUUAGGACCAAGCUUUUCAAAAGUUACCAGAGAUUUUGUUUAGCCUGCUUGAGAGGCCUUGAAAGGGCCUUACUGUCACAGGCAGAAAUCCAGCCCCUUUCAAGGCGUGUCAAGUUUAGCAUCUGAAACCACUAGUCACCUUUGCAUACCUUGCCCUGGGGGAACUGCUGGGUUAGCUCUAAGGCCUUAUCUGUGGUGUGGUUUUGUGCUCCAUCGCUGGGUGGAGAGCUAAUGUAGAUUGCUGCCUGUGCUUCUGCCUCUGGCAUCUAACCCUGGUCAGACAGCUGUAAAAAUGCUAGUGGCCAAUCUGUACUCUCACUGCUGCUGGUGGGGCUCGUACAGCAAUGAUGGGUGACACCCAGCCUGACCUGGUUUUUAUCAUCUCUCCCCCUUUUUAUUGUUUCUUUUUUCAUCCCAAAACCGGGGAGGAGGAUGGGAGGGGCCAGUGCCUGGAAAUGGGGAUGGCCCUGGAAUUUGGGGGUGGAGAGCAAUCUGUGAUCACCCUUCCCAUCCCCCACUUGGUGCUUGAGAACAUCUGCCCAGAGCACCUUUGCCUUGUCCAGCGUAACCCGGUCCUGCCUUUGGGAGUGGUGAGGCUCCUGUGUCUCUCCCUUCUGUGGGCUUGUGCUGUCCUGAUGAAUCUGACCUAACCCCGCCGGGAUGUUUCUUAAGCCCAGACUGGGAUAGCUGAGUUCUUUGCUCUUUUCUGAAAUGUGCCUUUAAAAAAAAUCUGGACUCCUGAGCUACAAAACAUUGGCUUUGAGAUCACCUGCGGAUUCCUCCCUGAUUUUCACUCAGUUACCUUCCUUUUGCCAUCUACAGGCUGGAGCUGGGGGACCGACUUGCUGGGCUACUGGAUUUUGGUUUUUGGAGGGGGCUUGGAA